AUGUCAAUUUUGAGCCUUACUUCUGCACGCGGACCAGCUUCAGAAUCGAAGCAUCGUUCCUACGAUGGUCUCCACUACGUCCAGCAUCCGACACUGGAACUCUACCAGCAGCCAACUCAAGAAAUGACCGAGAAGCAAGAUAAGCUGUGCGGUUUGCGGCAACGAACCUUUUUCAUACUCGUUGGUUCCUUGGCCAUCGUCAUGGCCGUCGGAGGUGGUGCUGGAGACAUGGGAGCCGCGCUCGCGGCAUCGAACCGGAAAUCAACAAAUACCUCGAGAACUGCCUCAGCUGUGGCUGCGUCAGCGGCAGCUGCUUCAAUUCAAGCAGCGAGUUAUGCGAGCUCUUCAUCGUCAGCCGGACUUGUGACUGUAUCCACAUCUUCGACAUCCUCGUCGACGACCACCACAGCAGAUGCUUCACCAAGCAGUAGCGAGAGGCACGACAGUUAA